AUGGCGAGCAUUUCCUCGUCCCUCUUGAUCAAGCAUGAAGCCAGAGCUGACAGUCCUCCAGUCUUUAUGCAGAGGAGUCAGGUCAACCUGCCUGCAACUGAGCAUCACUCUCCCCACAGCCAAGCUCCUCUGGUCAGUCCUCCCACUCAGGAAGACCUGUGGCAUCUACCUGGACGAUUAAGAAUAAACCCAUCUUUAUGGAAUAAGGAGGAUGUUGCCCACUGGCUCCACUGGGCUCAGAAGGAGUACUCACUGCGCCGGCCAGAAAACGGCCGUUUUGAGAUGAACGGUAGAGCCCUGUGUCUGCUCACCAAAGAAGACUUUAGACGUCGCUGUCCCAGCUCGGGUGAUGUUCUCUAUGAGAUCCUUCAGUGUGUGAAGCAACAAAGAAGGAGUGUUGUCUGUGAGCCCCUGAGUGUUUCUCCUCCUGUGACAGUCAGACACAUUCAGGAUCCAACCAGCUGCCAAAAGUCUUCUUUUACGUCCAAAGACCCACGGCCUUUGACAGUCAGUGACACCCCCGUUCCUGUCGCCUCCAACACCCCAGUGCAGCCUGCAGCUGUUGUAACCACUGCGAGCAGCCAGCCUGGGCCCUUGUCUUCUCCCAGGGAUCGCACCAUUUUUUACCAUUACUCUGCCCCACUCGCUCAUAAUAAUGGUUCAGCAGCUGACAUAACGUCGCCUUGUAACCCCGUUCAAUGCCCUCACCCCAAAGAGAGUGUCAUUCAGGAACCUCUGAACCUGUCCAGUCGAGAGAAGCCGAGGAGUCUGCUGCACAAAGCCAACGGCCGCAUACCAGAGUGCAGACUGCUGUGGGACUAUGUGUACCAGCUGCUGUGUGAUGAGCGCUACCAAGACUACAUACGGUGGGAAGACUCGGACAGCCACGUGUUCCGGGUAGUUGACCCCAACGGACUGGCACGCCUCUGGGGGAACCACAAGAACCGAGAAAACAUGACCUAUGAGAAAAUGUCGCGUGCUUUGCGGCACUACUACAAGCUGAACAUCAUCAGAAAGGAGCGAGGCCAAAAACUUCUCUUCAGGUUUCUGAAGCUCCCACUGGAAAUCAAGAAGCAUCGACUUGACACAGAGUCUCCAGAACAUACGCCGCCUCAGGAUGAGGACUUUCCAGACAGCAGUCCUACACAUGAUUUCAAUGAAGACCUGUUUGAGGUUUCCCCUGAUCGGGCUUCUCCACUGCCCCCUCCGACGGGGGCUGCAGUGGGAUAA